UUUGAAAUGAGCUCCAGCGGCACACCGAUUCCGACUCGGUGAGCUAUGAAGUAGUUAGCUGUCAACAAACUGAAGCAGCCGCGUUCGGACAGCUUGGACCGCGUCCCCGUUGAAAGGGCAACAUGCAUCGACACCAGACUUGAGAUUUUCGACAGAGAUGUGUCAAUUGUUUUGAGUAUUUGGACCGCAGAAGAAUUCCGUAUUGUAUUGUUGACUUGGCUACUAGCCUAGUGGCUAACUCUGUUAGCUGCUGAGCGGGUUGAGUUGGACUAGUUUGGCCGCUAACGCCGGUGUUACUUUCUCUUCUUCCUUUCUUCAAGGCAGCAGCCUCAGAACCAGUCGAUUGGUGCCUGGCAUGGCUGACAGCAGCGCACUGACGUCGGGGACAGCUCCGAGUCUGCUGGUGGACACUUCGGUCUACGACUCCAGGAUUGCAGAAACCACCAAGGACCAUGUGUUCCUGGGCCUGGCGUGUGAGGGGGGAGAAGAUAUGCUGCCAAAGGUGGAGACGCGGGUGGUCCUUGUGGGGGCAGCAGGCAGAAAUGCAGCCCUGGUCAAGGCACUGCAGGCCAUCAGAGUAAUGGAGGUCCCCGUGGUUAAGAUAAGGGAAGGCGAGCCAGGCGCCGAGGAGAAAAUGAUGAUAAAAUCCAUAGUCAAUAUGGACAUCAACACCCCGUGCAUACUGACGGACAGCGUCCAGGAGUUUGCGGAUGGAGAGAACACUGAUUUUGAGACGGUGUUCGUCCUCGCAGACUUUGAUUCUCCCAACUACAACUACCUCUACAAACGGGACAACCGCAUCGUCGGGCCUCCCGUCCUGCUGCACUGUGCUGCCAAGGAGGAACCUCUCCAGUUCUCCUGUCGUCCUCUCUACUGCACCACCAUGCUGAACCUGUCGCUGUGCUUCCCCGGCUUCAGGAAUAAAGAGGAAAUGAAGAAAUUGGUGAAUCUGGUUCAUCACAUGGGUGGAACCAUCCGGAAAGACUUCAGCACCAAGGUUACGCAUCUCGUCGCUUACUCCACCCAUGGAGAGAAAUACCGGUUGGCGGUGUGCAUGGGGACGCCCAUUCUGACUCCAUCAUGGAUUCAUAAGGCCUGGGAGAGAAGAGAUGACGUGCACUUUAACGCAGCAGAAGAGGACUUUCGAACAGAGUACAAAGUGCCUCCGUUCCAGGACUGCGUCCUCAGUUUCUGGGGGUUUUCAGAUGAGGAGAAGACCAACAUGGAGGAGAGGACCCUCAAACACGGUGGCAAAUAUCUUGAGGUUGGAGAUGAAAGAUGUACACACAUGGUGGUGGAGGAAAACUCCGUAAAGGAACUGCCAUUUUCUUCAAACAAAGUCUAUGUGGUCAAACAGGAGUGGUUCUGGGGCAGCAUUCAGAUGGACGCUCGGGCCGGAGAGUCCAUGUACUUCUACGAGAAGAACGACAGCCCAGCCAUGAAGAAGGCCGUGUCCCUCCUGUCCCUCACCACCCCCAACAGUAACCGCAAGCGCCGGCGUCUCAGGGACACGCUGGCUCAGUUGACCAAUGAGACGGAGAUCUCCCCUUUCCCUCCACCACGCAAAAGGCCGUCAGCAGAGCACUCGCUGUCCAUCGGCUCUCUGCUGGACAUCUCUAAUACCCCCGAGACAUGCAAAGCUUUGGCAGAAGACAGAGUAGGGAACAGUUCAGAGAGCAAAGGAGGAAGGAGUGUGGCCACUGGUAGGAUGAGAAGAAGGAAAACCAAGGGAAAGAGGAUAAGGACAGACAGUGGCAGGUCCUACCAGGGUACAUGUUCUCUUCAUCUUCCAGAGGAGGAGCAACCAGAGACUUCCACAGAGACCCCCAGGCCCUCCAAGAGCUCCACUCCAGCUCUGUGCAAGCAGUCAGCCAGGUGGCAGGUCUCCAAGGAGCUCUACCAGACAGAGAGCAACUACGUGGACAUUUUAAGCACCAUCCUGCAGCUUUUUAAGAUACCAUUGGAGAAAGAGGGGCAGGUGGGUGGACCCAUCCUGGCCCAAGAAGAAAUGAAGAAUAUAUUUGGCAGCAUCCCAGAAAUCUACGACGUUCACACUAGAAUAAAGAGCAACCUGGAGGAGCUGCUGACAGACUGGUCAGAGGACAAGAGUGUAGGAGACAUCAUCCUAAAAUAUUCUAAAGAGCUGGUCAAGGCCUACCCACCCUUCGUCAACUUCUUUGAAAUGAGCAAGGACACAAUAGUUCGUUGUGAGAGACAAAAGCCCCGCUUCCAUGCUUUUCUUAAGAUCAACCAGUCAAGGCCAGAGUGUGGCAGGCAGACGCUGGUGGAGCUGCUCAUCAGACCUGUGCAGAGACUUCCCAGUGUGGCCCUGCUCCUUAACGACAUAAAGAAGCAUACGUCGGAUGACAACCCAGACAAGAUAACGCUGGAAAAAGCAAUUGAGUCUCUGAAAGAAGUUAUGACUCACAUCAAUGAGGACAAGAGGAAGACUGAAGGCCAGAAGCAGAUCUUUGAUGUUGUUUAUGAAGUGGACGGCUGCCCUGCCAACUUGCUGUCGUCCCAUCGUAUCCUGGUUCACCGGGUAGAAACGAUCGCCCUGGGAGAGCAGCCGUGUGACCGCGGAGAACACGUCACACUGUUCCUCUUCAAUGACUGCCUUGAGAUCGCGAGGAAGCGCCACAAGGUGAUCAAUACAUUUAAGAGUCCGCUGGGACAGACGAGACCCCCGCCCCCCCUCAAACACAUCGCACUGAUGCCACUGUCCCAGAUCCGCAGAGUGCUGGACCUGCAGGACACGGAGGAUUGUGUGAAUGCGUUCGCCCUGGUGGUACGUCCGCCGACUGAGCAGGAGAACUUGUUGUUCAGCUUCCAGCUGGCUGGCGAGGAAACCGUUAAAAGCGCCUGGCUGCGAACUCUGUGCCGCCACGUCGCCGACACCAUCUGCAAGGCUGAUGCGGAAGACCUGAUUCGAUGCACAGACCCAGACUCGCUGCAGGUCAGCACCAAGGAUAUGGACAGCACCCUGAGCAAAGCCUCCAGGGCCAUCAAGAAGACCUCUAAAAAGGUGACCAGGGCCUUUUCCUUCACCAAGACCCCGAAGCGUGUGAUCCAGAGGGCCUUCAUGGCCAACAGCACCCCAGAGGAGAAAGGCCAGAGGCUGAGCUGUGAGAACCGUGUGGGCAGCAGCUCCACGCUGGCUAUGUCUCGCUCCGCCUCCACGUUCAGUUUGACUGAUUCUACCAAGAGCGGCGCUGUGGUGCAGCGCUCCAACUCUCUGGACCAUCCUCCAAUCAGAGCCAGGGCUUCAGUCUGUAUACGCCCCCCCAGCAGCCCCCGCCCUAACGCUGCCCUGGACUUUACUGACAAAGAAUCCAUCCUUCACGCGCCCCUAUUGUCCCAGCCAGUGGCGGCUCAUCCAGCCCCCGACGCCUCCACCCCUGCUGUGCUCCACCCAAAGUCUAGCCAUCCCGGGUCCAGGCCUCAGGCCCGCUUCCUGGCUCCCCUGCCUGUUAAUGAGUCAGCCCUGAGCAGUCCUCGCAGGGAGACGCUGCUCUGACCCCGUCCUGCAGUCUGAUGCACGCCCCUCCCCCUCCAUGGUCAACCUGCCCUCCAUGUUUGAGAAGAAGUACCACACAUUCAGUCGCUCCUCCACCCACCUCUUCUGAGACACCGGCCCCUCCGUGUGUGUGUGUGUGUGUGUGUGUGUGUGUGUGUGUGUGGUGUGUGUGUGUGUGUGUGUGUGUGUGUGUGUGUGUGGUUAACGAGUAUCUGUGCAUACUGGAGCUCCUCCAGAGGAAACAAGGUCCAGCUGCUGUCCUGAGAUGGGCUGAAACAAUAAAGUGGUUGUGAACUUGUGAAGAUGCACGGCCACCAGGAGCUGGCUGGUGGAGCCGACUGGACCUGUACUGCACGGUGCUGGGGAGGGAGGGAGGGAGGGAGGGAGGGAGGGAGAGAGAGAUGCUCUCUGCAGGUAAAAGAUGAAGGAUGCUCUUCUUUUUGUUAGAUCCAUCUUGGUUUAGUUGGCGUUUCCUGGCUGGUUGCUGCUGUUGGGAGACACACUAGCUGAGGACCUGUCUGUCUAUGGUUCUAACGGAGACCUCGUUCUGUCCACAAAGGUCCCCGGAGGCUGAAUAUCUUUUUCUCACCGCUUUAGGGAAGUAAAUGGUUUUGAUGAUUAGGUAUUUCUAUUUAACUAAUUCAGGUGGUUGAGUUAUGGUGUUUGUAGUAAAGGUUACAUCCUCAUGUUAACUGACAUUUAACAUUGUUUUACUCUAGUAGGCUAGACUUAUUCUCACCUUAUGUCACUUAUUGUAAUUAACCCACUUUCAACAUUUACACCCAUGAUAGUUCCCAGCUUUUAUAAAGCUUCUAUUUUAACUUGCGAGAGAUUAACUUGAAUAAAAGCACUUGUGCUCUUGUUCCCUGUACUUUGUUUUUUUAAAGCCCUUUUUACAGCGUGUCCAUGUACGCUUCACAAGGAAUGCUGCAUCUGUGUAUUUAUUCUUGAAGAAUUAUCCUUUUCUCUUGCUAUUUAUGUUCCAUGUUUGUGUCUGUUUUUCCUCAUAUUCUGAUUCGUUGUCUUCUGCCGUUUCAUCUCUGUAUUAAAUGCACUAAAACAUGUA